UAUGGCGGUAUACGGUACCGUCUUCUCAUUAAGACAGUUUCCGUCUAUUUAGUGAAUUAAAGUCACGUUAAACUUCAGGCGGAAUAACGGGAAAGUGAGCAAGAGGAGGCAGUGGUUGGGUUUGGAGAGAGUGUCGGUUGUGGGGUGGGGGGUCCAGAUGUGAACGAGCCGCAGCGCACCGCCAGAAGAAGCGGAGAGGAGGAGAGAGACACGAGUCUGACUGUGGGGGCAGCAAGACGCACAGCACCAGCCUCGUCUCCCGCGGCUGAGAACGAGACGCACUUUCAUGGCACAUCAGUCGGCUUUUUACAGCAGGUGUCGAGAUGUAUUUUGGUAGCGUGUGCCACAGCGCUCUGCCCCAGCUGCUGCGUCCCACGGCGGGCAGGACCCAGGCUCCCGACCCUCUCAGACACCUCCUCCCCUUCCACCUGCUGCCAUCCUUCACCGACAUGGAGCCCAUGCACAAAGCCCUGGUGGGUCCCAGCUUGGCCCUGAGCUCGCCCCUGAAGAGGAGGCACAGCUCGUGCGGAGUGUGCCGACUGAAGUUCAACUCCGAGGCACAGGCGUCUUCUCAUUACAGUGGCACCAGACAUGCAAAGCGGAUAAAAGCACUGGAUACCCCUGACUCUAAGAUUGGGACCUCUGAACCCGUCGCCAAGGAAACCGCAUCCCAAAUCUUGCCGUCACCCUCCAGCUCCGACGCAGCAUCAGGAGAACCCACAUCCCCAGCCCCCUCCUCAGAUGCAGCCCCCUCCAGCUGUGGCUCCUCGGACAUUUUAACCUCUGAACCCACACAAUCACCUUGUCCUGGAGCAAAAGACAAGGAAGGUCAGAGAAAUGAAGAACUGGACGCAGCCCUGGAGGAUGAGACAGAGGAGGAGAAGGCCAUACGUCUCCUUUACUGCUCGCUGUGUAAAGUGGCUGUCAACUCUGCCUCCCAGCUUCAGGCUCACAACAGUGGCACAAAGCACAAGACAAUGUUGGAGGCCAGGAGUGGUGAUGGAGCCAUCAAGUCCUUCCCGAGGUCAGGGGUCAAGGCAAAGCUGGCCACUGCAUCCACAGAAGCUUCGACGGGACUGCAGAACAAAACUUUUCACUGUGAGAUCUGCGACGUGCACGUCAACUCUGAAACUCAGCUCAAACAGCACAUCAGCAGCAGGAGGCAUAAAGACAGGGCGGCGGGUAAACCAGGCAAACCCAAAUUCACCCCAUAUCCUCCUAACCACAGGAACCAGCACAACUUUCAGACUAUUCAAUUGGCUCUGAGAAAGAACCAGGACUUGACCAAGCCCCUUACGUCCUGUCUUCUCCAGCGGCAGAUCUCUGUCGCGGCUGCCAUGGCAACCACGAUGCACCCCUUCCCUCUCCGUCCCACUACAAACUCUACCCCUGCAUUGUUCCAGACCCCGGCCAUGCCCCACCAGGCUGUCCUGCACCCUCCUCCGCCACCUGGGCCCAUGUGCUCUACACACGGGCCCGUCCUCUUCACUCCGUUCUGACAUAAGCCAUAGACCCUUGUAUCACUGGACUGGGCUCUCCCCCUGAGUGGACACAUGUGGCCCAAGAGAGAACAGGCCACAAGGAUGUAACAAGGACAUGGUUUGAUGAAAAAAAAAAAAUACACAGGUCUAGUCAUCAUAUACACUAGAUUCUAUACAUCAAUGGUGCAGCUAACUGAGAGUAUGCAAGAAUAAGAACACUUGAGCUAUGAAUUCCAUAAAUCCCUAAAAUGAAUUGGAAAUGUGUGAAGUAGGUAAAGUGCUAUAGUACAAACAUAGACUAUAUAUAGAAAUGGACAUAAGCUGCUCGCCUCCACCUUCCAAGUAAGAAGUGAACAUGGGGGUGCUUCCGGCUCAAACGACUCCUAAAAUGCUUGUAUUAACUCGCUCUACAUGAUCCAUUUUUAUUAUUUUUUUCCCUCAGUUUUGCUUUGUUUGUAAAUAAUUUGUUUGUAAAAUGCAAUUUAGCUCCAAACUCACCCCGAUAACUGCUAGUCUCAUGAGCUUAUUCUGACAGGAGCUGAACUACUGGUGAUGUCACACUCCCUUCGUCCUCUUCUUUAUACAGUCUAUGGGUACUACAGACAAAGAGGAGCAAGCAAACUAGAGGAGGUUAAAGUUUUAGUGUCAACAUUUCAGUUUCAGUGUUAUUUAUUUCAAUGCUGAAUUUUUUUUCAAUAAAAAUAAAUUUACUUGUGAAAGAAUUUUAGCGACAUGAGUAGUUACAGUACUGAUGUUAGGAUUUCUGGGUUUGUCUGUUACACAAAAAGAGAUGAUCCUGUGCUUUAGGUUUCCCAUUAACAUUUUCUAUGGAUUCUUAAAAAGUCAUAGUCAAAUCAUUAGACAGGAUUGGCUGUUUUCUUUGGUGGAGCUACUAAAGUUUCUUUUGUUGCUUGCGGUGAGUCAUUCUGCCACUUAAUGAAAAUGUAGACCAGAGUUCAGGUGGGUGUCUUAAAAAUAUUGUAAGUUCAGCAUGUGUGAUUAGAAUUGAUUUCUUUAUGAAUAUAUUACCUGUUGUUUAGUUGGCCAUUUCUGAUUUCAUAAAAGUGUGUAGGCUCCACUAAACUAAAGCAACUUCUGUUUUCGCUGAAAAUGAGCCAAGGUCACUGAAGUGCAGCCCAAAACAUAUUUGAUUGUUUCCUCAUAUGAAAUUCAUAAAAGAGCUACAGUUCGGUAAGAUGGGUUCCAGGUGUCUAUCAUUUCAUAAGUUAAGUUUAAGUGCUGAUGAUGUCUUUACCUGUGUAUUUUAUACACACUUCUCUGCAUAUGAUUAUCAACAGAGCAUGACUGAUUAAAGAUGUUUAUUUUACAAUAAAAUGCUGUGUUAAAAGUAUAUAUAUUCUAUAAACAUUUAAAUAAAUAUGCAAUACAAUGA